UUAAUGUAAAAUCAGUUUCCAAUCAAUAUCUACUAUAUAUGGCACUUUGUCAGGCAGGUGAAGUUGGGACAGCAUUGUCCUAGGAUACAUUUCUAGUUAACUAAGAAAAUUCAUAUAUAUAUAUUAUCUCGUGAACACGACAUAGUAAGUGGUGGCCAUGACAUAGAAUCUCGUGCGCACCACCUAAUUAUUUCGUUCCCACGUCUCUUUAUUAUCUCGUGUGCACGACUUUCUAAUUCUUGGCACAACAUAGUAUCUCGUGCACACGAGAUAAAUAAAACACACGCAUGUAACCUCUGUGCCACCGUAUCUAACAGACAAUUUUAUACUAGAAGAUUUAAAUGUAUUUUUUAUUUAUCAGUCCACAGGUGAUUAGUCAAUGUAAAAUAAGCAUACCCCAUGAUAAUUUUCAACCAAGCGUACUGAUUCAUUUAGAUACAUUUUGUAAAUGCUACAUUCCGAGAUAUAGAAAGUCAUGGCAAUUAAUUGGCAUGCUAAAUUCCUUAAUAGGCUUCAAUUGUGUUUUCAUAUAUACAUAUAUAUGUAAUUAGACUUACUCAUAGGACACAGCCACAUAGUCAUUUGAAGUUGUUUUGUCGAGUUCAAAGCCUUCAAGAAAAAUGUUUCAGAAGUCAAAGAAUGAAAUUAUAGAUAUGAAAUACUUCUUUCCUUCGUCUGAAGGAGAAUUUCGAAAUGUUAUUCUGAUCUUCGAUGUUUUAUAUAACAAUUUUUCACAUAUCAGCUCUAUAGUAAUGUUUUAACAUGCCAUGAUUAAGGAAAUGUAAAAAUGAUAUUCUAUUCUGUUGACCAAACGUAAGAAAAGCUACCGGUAUUAUAUUAUGCAUAGUCACAAUCUAUUAUCAUUAUUAUAUUAUAUUUUUUAAAUAACAUUUCUUUUAUUUGUAUUUUUUCAUUUUGCAGAAUAAAUUAAGAUAUUUAUUUUACAGAAGAGGGAGAGAAAAUAUUUUAAUGAGGAAGAAGUAAGGGUGUUGGAGGAGGCUUGGGGAGAUGGCAUGACUUCCACAAAGAAGUCAUGUAAAGAAAGAAUUAUACAAGUUGCCAGACAGCUCAGCACUACCCCAGAAAGAAUAGAGGUUUGGAUAGGUAACAAAAGGGCGAACGUAAAAAGGUUGGAAGGGGCAACAAGCAAACCGUCAGAAGGCAAGAAGUACAAUUGUGGGCCUAAUGCUUAUUCUCUGUUGUUAAGUUCUGAAGAAAGAGGCUCACAAGACCCUAAAUUAUUUUUUAAAUCCUCUGCGGAAAAAUGGAAAGGUCUUUCUUCACAAGAGAAAGCGAAGUUCACUGAAAGAUCGGCUACGAUGAGAGAGUGUCCACUUUUAUAUAUGGACCGCGAAAAAGUCAUUAAGCAAAAGCUUCAAGUGAUUUCUGAAGCAGCACAUGAUUUACAGAAAGUUGGCUACAGUUUUGGCGGCCUUGGGCUUGAUUUAAGUGGUGGCCCAAUUUCUAUUGCUGGCAGUGAUAAGGCACUGAACUUCUUCAAGUGCAAUAAGCUUGAAAAACAGUACAGGGCAUAUCUUAAUUUGACAGAUAGUACCAGUGCAAGCACUCCUAAACCAAACAAGGAAGCUGAGCUGGUGGAAUUGAGGCACAAAGUUCGCCAGAAAUUUAAUGAAUGCUUACCCCGUACUGCUUACCUGGCUAACGUAUCAUCUGUCUGCAUAAAUGAUAAGACCGCCCAUUAA